AUGAGUGAGACAACGACGAAGAAACGGAACCGGAUUACGUUCAGCUGCACCAAUUGUCGUCACAACAAACAGAAGUGCAAUCGACGUAAACCUUGCAUGACUUGUGUCUUCCGGGGCAAACAAGAUUCAUGUAAUUACGGAGAUGUCGACCCUGAGCGUGUAGCACAAUCGGGUGCUUCGGCAACGGGAAGCUCCCGAGAGAAGUCUCAAGAGCCAAGUCCUCAAAACGACCACUCAUAUCUAACUUCCUUCGGCUAUUCUCAUGUCAACGCACACAAUACUCUAGGCAUUGUCAAGAAACUGGAACAACUCGAAACAGGCAUUACGCGCAGCGUUGCCCAGAAGAACAAUACUGUCAAGCUCAACCACUCCUCGUUUGAGAUAUACAGGUCUAUCAUCAGGCGUUUACCAUGUCACGGAUGUGUGAAUCAUCUGGUCGGUGUCUUUUUCCAAGAUUUCAACUGGCAAUAUGCCAUCCUGGAACGUAGCUUCUUCGAUGAACAAUUGCAGAAGUAUUACCAGCAACCUAUCGAUGACCUGUCCGAAUUCUAUCACAGCAUUCCUACUGACCUCGUCACAAUCCCAGCUUUAAUCUUUAUAGUGCUAGCCCUGGCAUUACAAUUUCUACCACCCGAUGGCUCUAGAAGUCUCCAUUCUUCGUGCCUGUGGGGCAUCCCAGGAGAUGAGCAGAACUACGAGCAUCGUUGUCCCACCAAGCAGUUGCUGGGACUUCUAGGCAAAGACGCUAUUAGCCUGACCUAUAUUCAAGCAGAAUUUCUUAUGGUCGCAUGGCUGAAAAACCGUGGUGCAAUUGCGGAGUCAUGGCAUACACUUGCGCAGACUGUCAUGGAUGCGCAAGAAAUCGGCCUGCACAGAGAUGAAGGCAAGCUCUAUGCAGAUGGUGUUGAAAAUGUGUGCGAACAACUAUGGAAAACCCUCAUGCGCCGGCGGACCAUGCUUAAUCUUUUUCUUUGGGAUAGUGAGAUGGGCAUGGUUCUUGGCAAGAGCUUGACGUUGUCAGUCAAAGACUGCUUGAUAAUACCUCCAACCGACUGCGAAGUUCCAAGAGACAGGAAAGCCAUAGCGCCAUCCCCGCGAAGUCCUUUCGAUAAGCCCUCGGUAUUCACAUUACAUCAACUGGAAUAUCAGCUGAUAUCGCACAUACACGAUAUAAAAGCGCUUGAAGCCGAAGGACCAUAUCCGCGAGACUACAGUAAGGUCGAACGACUUCACCAACGAGCUAUAGAAUUCAUAGACAAUAUUCCUCCCAUAUAUCGGUCAGGAAACCCAGAUACCUCUUUCGACGACCAGUGCCCUUGGCUGCCUGCUCAAAGGGAGUAUUUGAGUUCGAAUGCAUGGCUUUUCCUGCUGCUCCUCCACAGGACCUAUAUCUUCUCUGUCGCGAGAAGCCGAAGCGUGAUCAUGAAGGCCGGAAUACACUUGCUUCAUGCACAACAAAGAUAUUUCCGCAGCCUCCAACCUCACCACUACAAGCUGUUUACCCUCGCCUAUAUCAGCGUAGACCCAGCAGUUUCGAUGUUGGCCGUCCUGAUAACAUACCCCGAGGAGGAGAAGGGACUGGUUCCAGAAGCGUUCCGAUGCAUAAGAGAGACGCGAUGGAGGCUGAACCACAUACGUGAUUCAAACAUAGUCGCUGGACAGGGUGCAGAUGUGAUACAGAGCCUGUUAGCCCGAGCGGAGAAAAAGCAUGUGCAGGCAUUGACUGCCAGUACCCAUACCCCUGCCUCCGUCAUGGAGGCAUUGGAUCACAUUACGCAAAGCUCUGGCAAGGAAUCCUUUCGAGCCAACACAGCCGGGACCGGUGUGGACGAACAGGUGCAAUACCCCGACGCAGUUGGUAGCCUGGCAGAUUGGCCGUCUCUCACCAUGUACAAUAGGAGCGUCGAUGCAGGUCAAGUUCGCGGAGAGAUGGCUUAUUCCUUCAACGACACUCCCUUGCGACCAACAGCCGAUCUCACCUAUUGUGACCUAGCAAUUGAUGGAUCUUUCCAGUACCCUGCUUCGCUGGAUCAACCCGUGACUAGCAGCUCUACUGUUAACCAACCGCUGUCUGGCCAGUUCCGGGGUUCAUUCGACGAUGAUUCAUUCUGGAGAUUUGUGAAUAUGACCAACUGA